CACAACAAAUAAGAACGUCAUCCCUUUACGUUUGCAUAUGCUGCCGGCGCUAACAACAAGUUAAGAUACUGGUGUGGUCGGACGAAACUCGACGGUAACAGUUUCUGUCGCGCAAAAUCCACAAUACUGGUAUUUCAUCAGUAGACUUGGACCUGCUGAAAUGGGAGACCCGUCUUACAACAGAGACUGUCCCCUGGACUGCAAAGUUUACGUUGGAAAUCUUGGAAACAAUGGCAAUAAGGCAGAGUUAGAAUCAGCUUUUGGAUACUUCGGCCCUUUAAGAAGUGUUUGGGUUGCCAGGAACCCGCCUGGCUUUGCCUUUGUCGAGUUUGAAGACCCAAGAGAUGCCUCUGAUGCUGUGAGAGAACUGGAUGGAAGCUCAAUGUGUGGAUGUCAAGUCCGUGUUGAAUUAUCCACUGGGGAAAAGCGUUCUAGAAGCCGCGGACCUCCUCCAUCCUGGAGUCGGUACCCGAGGGAUGAGGGCAGGCGCCGUAGCUCUCCAGCUAGACGCAGAUCACCUCGGAGGAGGAGCCUGAGCCGCAGUCGUAGCAGGUCUCUUUCACGAGACAGACGCAGAUAUCGGUCUACUUCCAGAGACAAGACCCGUAAGCGAUCAAGAUCAUUGUCGCGGUCAAGGAGCCGAUCUCGCUCUAAUGACCGGAAAUGAGGAAGUUACAAAAUGGCUUAUGUUUGUGGGACUCCAAUUUUUAUAGUCAUGCUUUCUUUUUAGAUGUUACUUCACAACUCAUGGUGGUGUUGGGGUUGUCCAAGUAACCCUGACAUUACAGUCAGUUACCAAUAAAGGACAUUUUUCCUCUGUAUUUUGGUUCAUUCAGCAUGAUUAUUUUGCUUAUCUUGCAGGCUUUGAUUUUUGCCUGGUUUAAUUUUAAUUAUCCUCCAUCUAUCCAAUUGUCGAAUUAAAAUGUUUUUUUA